UAUUUAUUUUUCGUUUCAUUUAAUUUGUUAAAGCAAAGCUGCAAGUGGACCUGUGUUAGGUUGAUGAAGUCCCCGUCGGGAGUGGGGCGAAGAAACAACAGAGGCCUUGCACAAGUAUAAAGUGUAAAAAGUGCACGAUAUAAAGUCACCCAGUGGCACGAAGUGAAAGAACUUGAUUUUCCUUUUCCCAGCGUGCGAAGCUUUUGCUGGGUUGGAGGAAAAUGGGGACGAGGAUAGUUUUGCACAGGAUCCCAGGACUUAUCAUCUCUCUAAUUUUAACCUCACAUCUGAUCAGUGUGGUGCAGGGGUCCAAGGUGUGGGACGAGGUCGCGCUGCCUGAGGACCUGGAGGCUGAGAGGGGGAGCGAGCAGUUCGAGAGCUUCCUGGCUGAGACCGACGAUGAGGACUUCGCCGCAGAUGACGCCUCGGGAGACGAGCCCAGCGGAGAUGAAGAUGGAAGCACGGUGGAGCCCACAACCGACGACCAAAUCAUCACGUCCACAAUGUACUACCGUGCUCUGGUCAACUUCACUGACUCCUUUGUUUACGGGCCCGAGUUGGAGGACAUCUCGUCCGAUGCCUUCAAGGAAAUCUCCGAUGCCGUCGUGGACACGCUGGAAUCCGAAUACAACAGGAUCUCUGGGAUCCAGACAGUCAGUGUGGUCAUCAUCAGAAAGAUCGGAAGGGACGUGUUUGUGGAGCUGGACGUGAUGUCCGACUACAACGCGAACGAUGAACAGAUCCGUAGCGUCCUCUACUCGGUGGUGAAGGAGGGCUCCAUCGCCUCCUACGUCACCUCCGUGCAGGGGUUUGAGUUCCGUCGCCUCGGAGAAGAACCUCCUCCCGUGGAGCCCAUCUCUUUCCCAGUGGUGCCCAGUGCCCGGCCCUGCCUGCCGAGCGAGUUUACCUGUCAGGAUGGAGGCUGCAUCCCUCAAGAAUACUACUGUGACAAGAGACCCGACUGCGUGGACAUGAGUGAUGAGCUGGACUGCGAAAUGAUCAGUCUGCCAGAAAUCCCUACCAGCCCCCCCAAGGUGGUCACCGAUCGCAAGCCGCCCCGCAUCCCGGUGGGCGGGCCCUGCAAAGCAGACCAGGCCACCUGUCAGAACGGAGAGUGCAUCCCCCGCGAUUACCUGUGCGACGGGGAGAGGGACUGCACCGACGGCAGCGACGAGAUCAAGUGCGGAACCCCGUCUCCCUGCGAGCCCAACGAGUUCAAGUGUCAGAACGGACGCUGUGCCCUGAAGCUGUGGCGCUGUGACGGGGACAACGACUGCGGGGACAACUCUGACGAGAGCUACUGCCCCACCAAGGGUCCAGGGGACACCUGCGCCCCGGAGCAGUUUACGUGUGUGAGUGACCGCACCUGCAUCCCGGCCAGCUACCAGUGUGACGAGGAGUCAGACUGCGCCGACCGCUCUGACGAGUACGGCUGCGCACCCCCAACCGUGACCAGCCCUCCAGAAGAGUCCAUUAUGGCUGCACGAGGGGAGACCGUGACUUUCACCUGCAUGGCCAUUGGUGUGCCAACCCCCAUCAUCACCUGGAGGCUCAACUGGGGUCAUAUCCCAGCCAGCAGCAGGAUCUCCAUGAAGACUGAGAAUGGGCGUGGCAUCCUCACCAUCCGAGACGUUAAAGAGGGUGACCAGGGGGCGUACACCUGCGAGGCUAUCAACGCCAAGGGCAUGGUGUUCGCCAUCCCCGAUGGGGUGCUGACUCUCAAACCGAAGCCAGGCAACUGCCCUGACGGACACUUCGAUGUGGGGGGCAGCUCCCGCUGCAUGCCUUGUUUCUGUUUUGGCAUCACCAAGAAUUGCCAGAGCACCGGCCGCUACCGCAACCAGAUCCGUCUGCGCUUCACCGAGGAGGAUGACUUCAAAGGAGUGAACGUAUCCUUCCCGUCCCGGCCUGGCACCCCGCCUCUCUCCUCCACACAGCUCCUGAUCAACCCCGAAAUGGAGGAGUUCCAGCUGGUGGACCUCUCCCGUCGCUUCCUCAACAUCGACUCUCACUGGACGCUGCCGCAACAGUUCCUGGGAAACAAGAUCGACUCCUACGGAGGGUCACUCAAGUACAAAGUGCGCUACACGCUGGCCCGGGGAGACACGGAGCCGGUGGAGAAGCCGGAUGUGAUGCUGGUCGGGAACGGACAAAGGCUCAUUUAUCGCCGCGGCAGCCCCACGCCUCCCAGGGUCGUCAACCAGAAGGAGAUCAAGUUCACCGAGGAAAACUGGCAGCACACGUCAGGUCGGCCAGUGACCAGAGAGGACCUGAUGAUGACCCUGGUCAACCUGGAGAGCAUCAACAUCCGCACCAUCUACGACAACCGCAUGGUCAGCGUGGCCCUCAGCGACAUCGUUAUGGAUACCACCACUGUGGAGUACAGCAUCCAGGGCCCCGCCCAGAAUGUGGAGGAGUGCAGGUGUCCCCCCGGCUACUCGGGCCUGUCCUGUGAGACCUGUGUGUCCGGGUUUGAGCGAGUGUCUGGCGGCUCCUUCCUGGGGACCUGCGCUGGCUGCAAUUGCAACGGGCACGCCAGUGCCUGCGACCCCAUCAGCGGACACUGCCUGAGUUGCCAGCACAACACCGAGGGGCCACAGUGCGACAAGUGUCGGCCGGGCUAUUUCGGGGACCCGCGACGAGGCCGACCUGACGACUGCAAGCCCUGCCCCUGCCCCUACACAGAGACGUCUCGCCGAUUCUCAGACACCUGCUUCCUGGACCAUGACUCCCAGGCGACAUGUGAUGCCUGCAAGCCUGGCUACACGGGAAGGCGCUGUGAAAAAUGUGCUCCUGGUUACCAGGGUAACCCCCUUCAGCCAAAUGGGAAGUGUGUUCCAAGUCAAAACUCCAAGUGUGACAACAGGGGAACUGUGAGUUCCAGCAGCAGGCCGUGUACCUGCAAGCCCAACGUGGUGGGGGCGCUGUGUGACGAGUGCAAGAUCGGCUCCUUCCACAUGACAGAGGCCAACCCCGACGGCUGCCUGCAGUGCUUCUGCAUGGGCGUGACCAAGCAGUGUGCCAGCUCCACCUGGAGUCGUGACCAGAUACGUGGUGGCGUCAAUGGGCAGCUCUUCUCCCUGGCCAACGGGGCCAACACCCGCACCAUCACUCAGGGCAUCAUCCAGCGGGGCACCUCUGAGGUGGCCUUCCGCUCCUUCAACGAAAUCCCCAGCGACAUCUACUACUGGGUCCUGCCUGAGAACUUCCGUGGAGACAAGGUGACAGCCUAUGGCGGAGAGCUGCGCUACACAGUGCGCUAUGAGCCCCGCGCGCGCUCGCUGGUGAUCGACGGCCAGCCAGACGUGGUGCUCCAAGGCAACGGCAUCUUCCUGGAGCACUUCUCCAAGACCAAGCCCCUCCCCCGCGUCCCGGCAACCAUCACCGUGCCCUUCAGGGAGUCGGCAUGGAGACGUGCUGAUGGGCAGCCCUGCACACGAGAGCACCUCCUCAUGGCCCUGGCCGACACUACAGUCUUUAUGAUCCGAGCCACCCAUGCCGACAGUAUGGCCGAGACCAGUAUUUCUGACAUUCGGAUGGACAUCGCAGUGCCCCACUCAACAGGCCAAGAGCGGGCCCUGGAGGUGGAGGAGUGUGCCUGCCCUCGGGGGUACAGAGGACCCUCUUGUCAGGAAUGCGAUGUGGGGUACAUCCGCACGGGAUCGGGGCUCUACCUGGGCACCUGCGAGAGGUGCGAGUGCCAUGGGCAUGCCAGUGGCUGUGACCCCGAGACGGGGGACUGCCUGCAAUGUCAGCACAACACAGCUGGGCCACGCUGCGAUCGCUGUCUGCCCGGUUACUAUGGCGACCCCAAGACCGGCGGUGCAGCAGCCUGCCGGCCCUGUCCCUGCCCCGGCACCUCCCCCGUCAACCAGUUCUCACAGACCUGCUACCUGGCCUCUGAUGGCCAGCCCACCUGUGAUAGGUGCCCUCCGGGCUUCACCGGCCGCCGCUGUGAGAGAUGUGAUGCAGGGUACGCAGGCAACCCUCAGCUUGGACAGGGAUGUACCAGUAACAAUUACCCCAACGGGAACUGCUACAACUGCUAUCAGAGAGGAAGUGAAGGGUGUGAUAGCACUGGAGUCUGCCGCUGCAAGGCGAACGUGGAGGGACCCACCUGCAGCAGCUGUAAACCAGGCCACUUCCACCUCAGCGCCGAGAACAAGGAUGGCUGCCUCUCCUGCUUCUGCAUGGGCGUGACACAGCAGUGCACCAGCUCCACCUACUACAGAGACCUGGUGUCUUCGGUCUUUGUCCCGGGCAACUUCCUGGGCUUCGCGCUGGUGAACCGGCAGCGCACCAACCGCAUCUCCACAGGCUUCACCGUGGAGGUGUCCACCGACGGCACCCAGCUCUCCUACAGCAACUUCGGCAACCUGGAACAGGAGCCCCACUACUGGCAGCUGCCUGAGAUCUACCGGGGAGACAAGGUGGGGUCAUAUGGCGGGCGUCUGAAAUACACCAUCUCCUACGUGGCGGGCCAUAGGGGAACGCCCAUCGAAGACGCUGAUGUCCAGCUUAUCGGUAAUGACAUCACCCUGGUUGCUAGGCAGACUUGGCACAGGGGACAGGGGACAAGGGAGUCCCGUCAGUUUGAGGUCAUUUUCAAAGAGGAAUACUGGCGCCGUCCCGAUGGGAUGCCUGCCACCCGCGAGCACCUGAUGAUGGUCCUGGCUGACCUGGACGACAUCCUGAUCCGAGCCUCCUACUACACAGACAUGCUGUCGGCCAGCAUUGCUGACGUCAGCAUGGAGGUGGCCGUGCCCAACUACAGCGGCCUGGCACAGGCUCUGGAGGUGGAGCAGUGCCGCUGCCCGCCCGGGUACCAGGGCCUGUCCUGCCAGGACUGUGCCCCGGGGUACAGCCGCACUGGAGGAGGUCUUUACCUGGGCCACUGCGAGCUGUGCGAGUGCAGUGGGCACUCUGACUCCUGCCAUCCAGAGACUGGUAUCUGCACGAACUGUCUCCACAACACCAUGGGGGAGCUGUGUGAACAGUGUGCCCCUGGCUUUUUCGGGGACCCCACUGCUGGGACCCCGGAGGACUGCCAGCCCUGCGCCUGUCCCCACACGGACCCUGACAACCAGUUCUCUCCCACCUGUGAGAGCACAGGUAAUGGAGGGUACCAGUGUACUGCCUGCCAGCCUGGCUACACAGGCCAGUAUUGUGAGCGCUGUGCCCCAGGAUAUGUGGGUAACCCUCAGGAGAGGAUCAAAUGUCGUCCUUACAGCAAUGGAGCCUCCUUGGUGGUCCGGAUACACCCAGAGAGAGCAGUGGUGACUCAGGGCAACCCCGUCACCCUCAGAUGUCAGGUGACUGGCUCCCCGCCCCACUACUUCUACUGGUCCAGAGAGAGUGGGCAGCCCCUGUCCAGCAACGCGGAGAGGCGCAGACAAGGUGAGGAGCUUCACUUCUCCAGCAUCCAGCCCAGCGACGCUGGCGUCUAUAUCUGCACCUGCCGAGACCUGCGGAGCACCAACCGGAGUCGGGCUGAGAUCAUCGUUACAGCUGUUUCCACCAAACCCAUUGAAGUCACCAUUGAGGAGCCAAAGACCCAGAGUGUGACCGUGGGAUCCACUGUUAGCUUCAUCUGUACUGCCAAGAGCAAGUCGCCCGCCUACACCAUCGUCUGGACCCGCCAGGGCAACGGCAAGCUGCCCAACCGUGCGAUGGACUUUAAUGGAAUCCUCACCAUCCAGAACGUUCAGCCGGAGGACGCCGGGAUCUACGUCUGCACGGGCUCCAACAUGUUCGCCAUGGACGAGGGCACUGCCAUUCUCUAUGUCCCAGAGGCCUCACAGACUCAGAUGUUUUACACGGCCUAUGAAAUGUUUGAAGGACACAGAGCGCCUGCUGAGGGAGCUCAGCCUGUGGCCACCGUCCACCCGCCCGUGCUGACCAUCCAGCAAGGCCAGCGAGCGGAGUUCCGCUGCACCGUCACAGGAAACCCCACCCCAGCUAUCGAGUGGAUAGGAGGUCCAGGCAACCGGAUCACUCCCAACGCCAUCAUCCGCGGAGGGGUGCUCACCAUCCCGGCGGUGGAGCGCUCAGACGAAGCUGAGUAUAUCUGCAAGGCCCUGAACACUCACGGGGAGCACACUGCACGAGCGAUUCUCUACGUUCACAGUGCCAGCCUACCCCAUGUCCAAGUGAGCCCCCAGCGGGUGACGAUCAACGAGGGUGAAACCCUGAGACUCUACUGCCGGGCUGGGGGGACGCCUAGCCCUGGCCUCACCUGGAAGAAACAUGGAGGUGAACUCCCCAGACAGGCCAUUCCUUCUCAUGGUUUCCAUCAGUUUAAAACCAACAGUGUUGAUGUAUUACAGAGACGCAUUGAGGAGCUUCAGGCCCGCAUGGAGCGCACGGACAUUGGCACCCUCCUUAUACCCAACAUCCGGGUCACUGAUGCGGGUACCUACCUGUGUGUGGGCACUAACUCCAUCGGCUCCUCGGAGGCACGCAUCGAGGUGACCGUGGCGCGAGCAGACACAGUUUCCUCGGCGAUCACCAUCCAGCCCUCCAUCGCCACUGUGCAGGAAGGACAGUCAAUCGACCUCAACUGUGUUGUCCCCGGAAACCCCCCACCCUCUGUCACCUGGCUAAGGGCGGGCGGGCUCCUUUCGUCCAAUCACCAGGUUCUGGGAAACCAGCUCCGGAUCCUGCAGGCCUCUCAGGAUGACUCCGGGGAGUACAUCUGCAGGGCGGAGGGUGGGCCGACCGUGCGCCAGGCGUCCGUGUCCGUCUCGGUGACUGCCAGCUCCUCCCGCCUACAGACGCCCAUCAUCUCCAUUGAGCCCCACAGCGCCGUGGUGCGGCUGGGCGAGUCAGCCAGCUUCCGGUGCCGCGUCUACAGCGGAGCGCAGCCCGUGCGCCUGGAGUGGAAGCUGUCCAGCAACCAGCCGCUGCCAGAUAAUGUGAAGGUGGGCCCUGAUGGUGCCGUGAUCACCAUCGCCAAUGCUCGCCCCAGCAACCAGGGCACAUACCGCUGCGUGGCUAGCAACCUGUUCGGGAUAACACAGAGCAUCGUCUCUCUGAUUGUGAGAGAAACCCCGAAAGCUGUAGUGACCCCUCAGGGCCCUGUGCGAGUGAGGGCCGGUGAGCCCAUUAACCUGGAGUGCCAGGCAGCGGGAGAGCCACGCCCAUCCGUCAGCUGGCACAGGCUGGACAGCGGGCGCAAGACAGUGCUGACCAGCCCCGUGCCCAUGGACUCCAAUGCAGUGAUGCAGGUCCUGGCAGCCCGGCCGGAGGACAGCGGCACCUAUGUCUGCACGGCACGAAACAACGAGGGCACCACGGAGGUGAGGGUGGAGGUGGUCGUGGAAGGGGGAGGGCAGGUUCCCACUGCACCCCGUGCCUCCGUGUCUGAGCCUCUACUGGUGGUAGUGGAGGGGCAGACUACCACUCUGCGCUGUGACGCCUACGGUAACCCCACCCCUACCAUCACAUGGUCCAAGCUCCGUGCCCCUCUGCCCUGGAAGCACAGAGUGGUCAACAACACCCUGGUCCUGCCCAGCGUCGGACGCCAGGACUCUGGCCAGUACAUCUGCAAUGCCACCAACAGCUUGGGCACCUCUGAGGUCACCAUCAUGCUGGAUGUGGAGACACCUCCAUACGCCACCUGCCUCCCCGAUGACCUGGCGGUGCGGGUUGGCGAGGUGAUCCGCCUGCAGUGCCUGUCGCACGGGACUCCGCCCCUGCGCUACGAGUGGACCAAGGUCGACGGCACCAUGCCGGCCCGGGCGGAGGUGGAGAACGGCAACCUGCAGAUCAACCUGGCCACGGUGGUGGAUGCGGGCACCUACAAGUGCGUGGCCUCCAACAAAGUGGGCUCCAGCGAGGCGCUGGCCAGAGUCACCGUGCGCUCCCCCCUGUCAGUCCGUGUGUCCCCCCAGGUGGAGGUGAGGGCGCAGGGCAGUGCCGUGGAGUUCACCUGCUCGGCCAGCGGGGGCAUCCAGACCACCAUCGAGUGGAUCAGGGAGGGCGGCCACCUGCCCCCCAACCACCACAUCAAGGACGGGGUGCUGAGGAUUGAGAACCUGGAGCGGGAAGAUGAGGGAGUCUACAUCUGCAGAGCCACCAGUGUGCAUGGGCAGGCCCAAGACACCGCCAAGCUCACCAUCCAAGCCCUGCCCAAAGUGAUGAUCAAUGUGCGCACCUCGGUGCAGACCGUGCUGGUGGGAAACUCGGUGGAGUUCGAGUGCCAGGCCAUCGGCGACCCCGAGCCCAUAGUGAGCUGGAGCAAGGUCGGGGGCGAGCUGCCCGCCCACGUCAUGGUGAAGGGGGGCAUGCUGAGGAUCGACCAGGUGACGGAGGCCGACGCCGGGCAGUACCGCUGCACCGCCACCAACGACGUGGGCUCCGUGCAGUCCCAGGUGGUGCUCAGCGUCCAGUCCCUGCCCCAGAUUUCUGGCCCCCCAGAGGUGGUUGAGGUGACAUUGGGGUCUGCCGCUGUGUUCCCCUGCGUGGCUUCUGGAUAUCCAGUCCCAGAGAUCAAAUGGACAAAGCUAGACGGGGAGCUGGGCCCAAAUGCUGUGCAGGAGGGCAACGUGCUGACCAUCCCCGAUGUGACCGAGGAGGACAGCGGGACGUACGUUUGCACUGCCUCCAACAAGCAGGGCAUGGUUCAGGCCUUCUCCACGCUCCGGGUUCACGAGAGAGUGAUGCCCCAUUUCACACAGACCCCCCUCUCAUACCUCACACUGCCUACCAUCAAGAACUCUUACAAGGCCUUCACUGUCAAGCUCACCUUCCGGCCAGACAACCCUGAUGGUGUUAUAUUGUACGCUGGAAUGAUCAUUUACAAUGGGCAGAAGAGGACCACAGGUGCAGACUUCAUCUCUCUGGGACUAGUGGGUGGCAGACCUGAGUUCAGGUUUGACGUGGGUUCAGGCAUGGCGGUCAUUCGCUACCCUACUCCCAUCAAGCUGGGCGAGUUCCACACGGUGGAGCUGUACCGCAACCAAACCCAGGGCUCCAUAGUGGUGGAUGGAGAUGCCCCCAUUAAUGGCAGCUCACAGGGUAAAUUCCAAGGGCUGGAUCUGAACGAGGAACUGUACGUUGGAGGUUACCCCAACUACAGUGUUAUCGCCAAAACAACUGGCCUCAAGACUGGAUUUGUUGGCUGCCUCCGUCAGCUGAUCAUCCAAGGAGAGGAGGUGAUCUUCAAGGAUCUUGACCGCAGCUCCACAGGUGUCUCAAACUGUCCUACCUGUAAAGAUCGUCCGUGUCAGAACGGAGGAUUGUGUCGGGACUCUGAGGCCAGCAUCUACAAAUGUCACUGCACACGAGGAUUCACUGGCAGCAACUGCGAGCACCACGCCUCACAGCACUGCCACCCAGAAGCCUGUGGGCCUGACGCUACCUGCAUCAACCGGCCAGGCGGCCUGGGCUACGACUGCCGCUGUCACCUGGGCAAGUCUGGGGACAAGUGUAUGGAUGGAACCUUGGUGACCACACCCUGGUUUGAUGGCGAGUCCUCCUACAUCGCCUACCCGCCCCUCACCAACAUCCACAACGACCUGCGGGUGGACAUGGAGUUCAAGCCCCUGAGCCCGAACGGCCUGAUGUUCUUCAGCGGUGGGAAGAAGAUGAAGGUGGAGGACUUUGUUGCCCUUUCCAUGGUGGAUGGUCACGUGGAGUUCCGCUAUGAGCUGGGGACAGGCAUGGCUAUUCUGCACAGCCAGGACCCUGUCACCCUGGGUCAGUGGCAUCGCGUGGCUGCCGAACGACUCAACAAAGAUGGCUCCCUGAAGGUGGACCAGGCCCGUGAGGUCAGGAGGUCGUCACCAGGGAAAGCCCAGGGUCUGAACAUCCACACCCCUAUGUACCUGGGUGGGGUCCCCAGCAUGGACAUCCUGCCCAAACCAGCCAAUGUCAGCACACUGUUCGAUGGCUGCAUUGGAGAGGUGUCUAUCAAUGGGAAGAAGGUGGACAUUUCCUACAGCUUCACAGAGAGCAGGGACAUCAGUCAGUGUGUGGACACCAGCCCCUGUGACCGCAGGCCCUGUCUCAAUGGGGGCAGCUGCAUGUCCAGUGCUGAGUAUGAGUAUCAGUGCCUCUGCCAGGACGGCUUUGAGGGCGAACGCUGCGAGGUGGUGAAGGACGCCUGCCAGCGGGACGCCCAUUGCCACAACGGCGGCACCUGCACGGGUGGCCAGUGCGUGUGCCCGGCCGGGUACAGCGGGCUCCACUGCCAAGAGGGGCAGGCUCCCAGCAUCUUCGACGCCCUAUGGAGUGUGGAGGGUAGCGGGGCGAAUGAUUCGCCUAUUCAGUACGCAGCCCAUUUCCAUAACAACGGAUACCUGGCUCUUCCCAAGCCAAUCUUCCCUAGAGGUUCCUAUGACACCCCAGAGACCAUUGAGCUGGAGAUCCACACCACCACUUCAGAUGGCCUGAUACUGUGGCAGGGAGUGGAGCUUGGAGAGCAAGGAAAAGGCAAAGACUUUAUAAGUCUUGGUUUACAAAACGGUUACCUUCUCUUCAGUUAUCAGCUGGGCAGUGGGGAAGCUGAGAUUGUAUCUGAAGAGCCAAUCAAUGACGGGAACUGGCACAAGGUCACUGCAGUGAGGACUGGGAAACAGGGUUAUGUCCAGAUUGAUGGGGGAGCCAUCAGCAGAGGACAGUCACAAGGAAAAAGUAUCAUGGUGAACACCAAAGGCAACGUAUUCCUGGGCGGGGCUCCGGACAUGGACGCCCUGACUGGAGGGAAAUUCACCGAGGGCAUAACGGGGUGCAUUAAGAACCUGGUGCUGAUGAAUGCAAGACCCGGGGAGCAGCCGUCCCGGCCCAUUGACCUGCAGGUCCACGCAGAGGAAGGCAUCAACGUCGGCCGCUGUUCAUCGUAGGCAGCAAAGCAGAGGCAAAGCCCACUGACUCUGGAGAAGAAGAACACACACACACACAUACUUACACACACGCACACACACACACACACACAC